AUGCCCAAAACCAUCUCGUGCCCGCACGCUGGGUGCACCUACCUGUUCUCGAAACCCGUCCAUCUACGCCGCCAUCUGCUCUCGCAUUCGGACGAAUCAGUCUGGAAGUGUCCCGACUGCGAUCAGGAGUUCAAACGCAUCGACAGCUUUCAAAGGCACAAGAAGCGCAUCCAUCCUGACCAGCCUGAUCUGGUUGCCGUCAAGAUCGACUCAGACUCAAGUAACCAGGACAAGGAUACCAAGUCGGACGCUGAUGCCGAAGAUCAGAUCGACCAUGAGUUACAUGCCUCUCUGCCUCAUGCCGAAACCAACACCAACACCAACGCUUCCGCAUCUCCAGCCAUACCAGUCGCUUUGCAGCAACUCAACGCUUACGAUGCAAAUUCAAAUCCAUCGCCUUCCACCAACACCACACGUAGUUCAGCUGCCUUCUCUCCCAGUACAUCUGACGCGCGUCCUUCGGCCUCGUCCAGCUCCACCUACCAUCGUUCGCACCUCUACCAUCCCUAUGCUCGCAACGAUCAUGGCUCGCAAUCCGCCUCGUCCGCGCCUGCCCACUCUUCCACCAGCGACCCAUCGAGCAUCACCCACACUUCUUGGCAGCCACAGAGCAAUCAACCCCAAAUCUUUGAUUCCACUCCCCAUCCCUCGGCCACUGCGUCCACAGCGACUCCGUCUAGCUCGUUGUCCUUCUAUCCCAACUUGUAUGGAGCUCCGAUCUCGUACAACGACUAUGCCACCGCUGCUCCUGCAGCAGCCGCAGCAGCAGUAGCCUAUGCUCAACCUGCCUCGGCUGACCACGCUGCUCCGCUUUCAAUACCCUCGCUCACCCAACCCUCGCCUUCGUGGGGGUCUAGCUCCAACUCGGAAACUGAGGGGCAAAACUUUUUUGACGACAUCCUUCAGUCGAUCCUCAUGGAUUCCAUCUCGAGCUUCGUACCGCAUGAGCCAAUGGCUCCUGUCGACUUUGGCGCCUCCACAGCCAUGUCCACCGAAGCGUAUACCUUUGGCGAUCCCAUCUCGUCCGCGCAGCACCAGCACCAGCAGCUCCAGAACCAGAAUCAGAACCAGAAUCAGAAUCAGAAUCAGAAUCAGAAUCAGAACCAGAACCAGAACCAGAAUCAGAAUCAGAAUCAGAAUCAGAACCAGAACCAGAACCAGAUUCCGAUGCAGAAACCCGCGCAUCAGAUGCACAACGACAAUGCGUCCCUGCAAGCACAAUCUCAGCCAUCAGCAGCCUUGUCCGGCCAGCAACAGCACACUUCAACGCCAAAGCCAGACGCACCAUGUGGCACGGGCACGGGCACGGGUUCGCAUUCUCUUCCACAACCACUGGUCAACCUCGUCCCCUUUGCAACUUUUACCGAGUCGGCUUACAACUCGGGCAGAUCGACGCCUGCAACACCACGCCAUCCACCUGGCAUCUCUAUGGAUGAAUCCGACGAGAUGGCGCGCUCCGUCGAAAAGGUGGGCGACCAGGCAGCUACCAACAUUGGUGCUAGGACUCGAGAUCUUGUACUGCAUGGUGUCAACAUCCCGAAAAAGCCACCACGCCUGACUGCAGUCUCUCUGUUCAACGCUGCGACGCGCCAUAUACGCUCGAUGCUACCGUUGCUUCCUUCCUACUGGUUACUCGAUCAUCGACGGCUUGCUGCCGAGCGACCGUACGUCUUUGUUUCUCUUCUCGCUCUCGGAACGCUUUGGCAGCCACGCGCCGAUGUCAAGGCGUACGGUGCCGAGCUCUGGCAACUCAUCUUUCGCAGUAUUUGGGCAGGUGCCGUCUUCUAUCUCGAUCAGCCUCAGCUGAUGCGUGAAGCUACCGCGGUUAUGGCUUUCACCCAUCUCUACGCGUUUCUCUGUCGCGACGAGAACAUCCGUCGCAAAUCCAUCCACAGCACCUACACCGGAAGCUCGCUCUGUCGAGAACACGGCUGGCGUCAGGGCAUUUGGUUCCUCGUCGGGCCCUGGGAGCAGUCUCUGCAGCGAUUGCUUGGGCCGAAUCUGCAGAUGGCUCUCGUUGAACUCGAAGUGCUUGCCAGAGAUCAGACCACCAACAAGCUGUCAUCCGAGCAGAAGAAGCUGCUCGAACAUCUGCAUGGCGUCUGGAAGCAGUGGUCCGACGCCGAAGAGGUGAAUCGCAACAUGAUCUGCCACAGCAUCACCGAAUCGCACCAUUCCGAAUUUCUCUCGAGUUACAGUCAGAUGCGUGCCAUGGGUAGGAUCGCUUGCCAGGCGCUAGUUCCAUGUGCUGACGACGUGUGGGAUGCAAAGACAUCGAUCGAAUGGGCCAAGCUCGUGCUCGAGCACAAGGCUACGCGAGAAGGCUAUCAGCGAGCGUUGCUUUCCGGUAAGAAGCAGCUCGGUCCGAUCUUGGAUGCUCUCUUCGGUAUUCACGCACCCUCACCCGCUUCCAACGAGGACCAAGACGAGGACGCCAACGACGGUUCCACAAACAAGCGCGGCCUCGAACAUAUGCUCUGCUUCACAGUCAAAGAACACUUUGCGCUCUUGAGCCUACUCGAAGGUCUGCAUCUGCUAUGGACUGCUCGACACUCGCCGCCUUUCCGAACAGGCACUUCGUACGCUGCCGAUUUCUCGCCAGCUCAACCUUGGCAUUCCGCUGGUCUCGAAACGGCGUUUUGCAUCAAAGGUGGCACCGCCUAUCACAAGCUCAACGUGCUGGACACAGAAAUGAUGCUGGCAGCGCUUUCAAGGUGGAUGCGACUGUAUCAUCAGUCGUACUUGCCCAACCCGGUGGCCAACUCGACUGGAUUCAGCCGACCGAUCAAUGGCGAUGGACGCGGUGAGGCUCAGCCGGUCGAGAAUGGCACUUUCAAAUCGGGAGCUUCUGUCAACAGAGCACGCGUGCCCAAUUUGGGCCCCAGCAACGACCGCUUCCUGCUGCAUUUCCGAUUCCACGUUGUUCAGCUCUCGACGCUCUUCAACGCGCAUCACGUCGUGCAUGCGCUGGUGGCAACGUGCGGAGAACACGUCGAGGCCAACGUAACGAUCCCAGCCAACAGAGCCAACGGAGCCAACGGAGCCAACGGAGCCAACGGAGCCAACGGAGCCAACGGAGCCAACGGAGCCAACGGAGCUAACGGAGCCAAAGGAGCUAACGGCGGUAGCGCAGGUAGCGGUGGUACAGCUGCGGCGCGGUCCGAUCAGCCAACGUCGAUUGCUCUACGUUGUGAAAGCUGUGUCAACGCAUCCAGCUGUCCGUACCGCAACGCGCGUCUGCAGCGAUGGGCGGCGGUGCAUGCCGGAGCGGUGAUCGGCAACUUCAUGUCGAUGCCACGACUGUCAAACCUGACACCCACCAUCCUGGAAGGUCUGGGUCAAGCAUUCGGCAUCCUCGUCAUCCUCUGCCGUCUGCAGCGAUCGCCAGCACAGCGUCGACGUGCUUGCUGUCGAUGCGCUGCCGACAUCCGCGAAGCUUCGGUCGAACUCAUCUCGGAUCAAUGUUUGCAUUUGGAUGCAGAUCGUCCGAGUCCCACACAAACGCAUCCAGAGAUGGCGCAAGUCAAGUUUGAUUCGAGCAACGACUGUUGGCUGCACCACGGAACGCUGGAUGAAGGCGCAACACUGUUAGGUCAGCCGAUUCAGGAUUGGCCAUUUGUGCUCCAGGAUAUGGGCAACGAGCUCAGAGGCGCCGCCGGUGCUUGGCAGACCGCCGAAGAGUUUUUGGGCGUCGCGCAAAAGUUACUCAACAGUUUCACUCUGUAUGUCGAAUGA